AUGCUUUUUAUACAGGGCAUUGCAUGCUUUGAUCUCUUGACAUAUACGUCCAUUUUCUCGUACAUUGCAUCCGACGACGGCCUACUCAACUGGGCACAUGGUAUGCGAUCACCGAGGCCAGACAUGAUCAAGAGUCAACGUAGCAAGAAGGAUCUCGUCAGUAUUCCUCGCCGAGCACCUCGAGAGACUUCAUGGCCUUCGGAAUCGGAUAAUACAAAUCCUUACAGCCGAAGACCCGAAACCACCUUCAAGUUUGUCCUGGAUAGUAGUGUUACCUUUGACGACUCUAGUUUCAACCUCGCCUUUGUCGCUGAGCUCAAUGUCCACCUCUCAUACACUCGAACACAGGUUUUCCGGACUCCGGGUCGACGAGUCCGACAACCGAGAGCCGCCCCCCUACCCUAUUCAUGGGUAUAUGGCGUGCAAAUAAAGACGAAAGAUUGGCACCGCAUAAGCAAGGACUUCAACUGGCCUUGGGAGGAAGACCCGAUGUUGUGUGAAUGUGCGAUUAUGGACUGGGUCAUUCAAGAAACUGGAAUUCUCUUCAAGUUCCGAACAGUCAAAUAUAGAGACAAAACCGCAGAAAUCGUCACGUUCGUUUUUGAUAACGAACGUCGCAUGGAUGGUAGCAGAUACAAGCAAGAGCAAAUGGACGCAGUCGCGUACUUUUCGCAUCCAGGCCCUGAGUCCCACGGCCCAUUUUUGGUUAGCUCCAACUGGCCACAUGUAGUUACACUCGCAUUUCACUAA